CCAGUAAAUCAGAACCAAAUCUCAACGGGAGAAUCUCUCCCUGUUUAUAUUGAAUUUUUGGGGAUUUAAAUUAAUUGAUUGUUUUGGAUGUGAGAGCUCCAAUCUGGCAACCGCAUAGGCUUCUAUCUCUCCUUACACACCGCAUACACACCGCAUUUACGAGCAUUUCCACCCCUGUAGCAGGAGCGGGUCCGACUCGGGAUAUUUCCCAGUCCUGAUUUCUGUCUUAUUUUCCAGGAUAAAAUGGGAAUUUUCGGUUUUGCGCUUUGUUUAGCAGUCACUGCAUGUUUGUGGAGGGCGUCCAUUCAAGGAGAGCAUCAGAGGAGGCUGUAUCGAGACCUCAUGAAGGAUUACAACCCUCUAGAGAGACCCGUGUUUAACGACACCCAGACGCUCACCGUAAACUUCAGCUUCAGCUUGAUGCAGAUCAUGGAUGUGGAUGAGAAGAAUCAAGUUCUCACAACAAAUAUAUGGCUACAGCUGUACUGGUUCGAUCAUUACCUUAAAUGGAACGUCUCCGAAUAUCCCGGCGUGACGAGCGUCCGAUUUCCUGAUAGCCAGAUUUGGAAGCCUGACAUCUUGCUUUAUAACAGUGCUGAUGAGCGAUUUGACGCCACCUUUCACACCAACGUGCUAGUCAGCCCCAACGGCGCCUGCCAAUACUUACCACCAGGCAUCUUUAAGAGCACAUGCCACAUCGACGUGCGCUGGUUUCCCUUUGAUGUUCAGCGCUGUGACCUGAAGUUCGGCUCAUGGACGUACGGCGGCUGGUCUCUGGACCUGCAGAUGAUUGAGGCUGACAUCACAGACUACAUAGCCAAUGGGGAAUGGGACCUUGUAGAGGUUCCUGGCCACAGGAAUGAAAGGUUCUACGACUGCUGUAAAGAACCUUACCCGGAUGUGACGUUCACGGUUGUGAUGCGCAGACGGACGCUGUACUACGGUCUAAACCUGCUCAUCCCAUGUGUCCUCAUCUCCACACUGGCUCUGCUCGUGUUCCUCCUGCCUGCAGAUUCAGGCGAGAAGAUCUCCCUCGGCAUCACAGUUUUGCUCUCACUGACUGUCUUCAUGCUCCUGGUGGCCGAAAUCAUGCCUGCGACAUCCGACUCAGUGCCUUUAAUCGCUCAGUAUUUUGCCACUACCAUGGUGAUCGUCGGGUUGUCGGUGAUAGCCACAGUUUGGGUCCUACAGUACCACUACCAUGAUCCUGAUGGAGGAAAAAUGCCAAGAUGGACACGUGUGGUGCUGGUGAACUGGUGUGCGUGGUUCUUGCGGAUGAAAAGGCCAGGCGAGGAGCGAGUGCGCUCAGCGUGCCACGACAAACGUCCGCGCAGCAGCGUCUCCAGCGUGGAACCGACCAACGGGAACGUUCUCUACAUGGGCCUGCGUGGUAUGGAGAGCCUGCCCUGUGCCACGUCGCCUGACUCGGGGGUGGUGUGUGCUCGUCUUAUGGGUAUGUCCGAUGAGGCUCCGUCAGUGAGCAGCGGGCAGGGAGACACGGAGCUGUCCAAGAUCCUGGACGAGGUGCGUUAUAUUGCCAAGAGAUUCCACGACCAGGAUGAACAGGAGUCUUUGUGCAGCGAGUGGAAGUUCGCCGCCUCGGUUAUCGACCGCUUGUGUCUCAUGGCCUUUUCCAUGUUCACUGUCCUCUGCACCAUCGGCAUCCUCAUGUCAGCUCCUAAUUUUGUCGAAGCCAUUUCCAAAGACUUCUUCACUUAAACGCUGUGGGUGUGUGUCGUUUUUCCUGCAGCUUUUUUGCAGCGUUUCUUGCAAGUCAGAGGUGUAGUUCAGACAAAAUUAAAAAAUGGACACAUUUUUUCCUUCAAUAAAUAUAAACCAAAUCAGCUAGGACAUAUCUUCUCGUACUUUGUUCUCUAAACUUGUCUUGGCUGAUUGACUACAUUUAUGUAAAUGUAAUCUUUUCUAGCUGAAACGUUUAGAGCAAGUGAGUAAUAAAGAGUAGAAAUGACUUGACUUGACAGUUGUCUGGUGUUUUGUAGUUAAAACACAAAUAAUCUCUGUUAUUAUUCUCAGAUUAUAAAGUGUGCAGUAUAUUCGUAACUAUUCAUAUAAUCAAUUAUAAUCACAAUAGCCUUCACACAGUAGCUGGACUGUAACCUGAUACACAAUGAUAAAGCUCUGCUUUUGUUUUCAUUUUAAUGUCUUUUCAUUUAAGUAAAGAAAUCAGCAAUAUUUCAAUUUAUUUCCAUGUAUCGUCUAGAGUGAUCACUGUUUCCUUGUAUCUGAUGUGGAUGGUGUGUCUAAUUUUGCACAUUUUCAAACUUUAUGCCAGCAAACACUGCUAGGAAAAGCAGAUAUACUGUAAGUCAUCAUUAAGCUGCAUAGGUCUGAGAUUCCCUUUUUUUUUUUUUUUCUUUUCAUUUUAUUUAAACAUUUUUUUUUUCAAACUCACCUUUAUGAUAUGGAGUGACAAAUAAACAUAUUUUUCUAUAUCCUAGAAAAAUAAAGAGUGCCCAUGGUCA